AUGCGCCGACCCUCGCGAGCGACGCUUUACGGUGCAGAUCCCAUUGACGAUGACCUUCACCAAUUCGAAACAUCAUGGCUUCUCUCACCGGCCCUUCUAGCAUGUCUACGCGGCCUCAUCUCCCUCUACAUCUUCACAACCAUCAUCGUCAUCUGGGUCUGGUACGGCACCCACAAUGAACGGGUGGAAAUCGGCCAGUCCUUCAGCUACUUCACAUGGUUAACAUACUGGGGACUGGGCUUCUAUUUCCUUAUCUCAGCGAUCCAUACAGCGCUCUAUGCACGAACAGGUCGCUCUGUGCUAUUCAAUCGCCUUCCUCGCGCGUUCCGUGUACUGCAUGCUAUCUUCUAUGCGUCUGUCACGACGUUUCCUUUUCUCGUCACGAUUGUUUUCUGGGGCAUUCUGUACUCCGGGCCAUUUUACAGUGUCAUCUUUCCUCGUUGGUCGAAUAUCUCUCAACAUGGUUUAAACUCCUUCUACGCCUUACUGGAGAUCCUUCUCCCUACUACCGCCCCGCAUCCACUGAUUGCCCUUCCGGUCCUUAUUCUGAUCCUAUUACUCUACCUCUGCGUCGCGUAUAUCACCUACCAUACUGAGGGGUUUUAUGCGUACAGCUUCUUGGAUACUGAGCAUGGGAAAAAGAGUGGGACUGUAGCGGGAUACUGCUUUGGUAUCUUGGCUGCUAUCCUGGUCAUCUUUUUUAUCUCUUGGGGACUUGUCUGGGGGCGGGGUGGAUUUAUGUUUGGCAAUGCUGAUGAAGGGUGUGGGAAUGAGAUGCAAGGUGUGGUGGUUUGA